AAAAAACAAAGUUCGUUAAAAAUGCCUUUUACACGUGAACAACUGGAGUCGACGAUGAACGAGAAGCUGCCCAAGUCGGACACCAUCAAAUUGCGAAACAAACAUAUUGGCCAAGCUUGCCAGUUAUUCUAUCGUUCUGAUCCCUUAAAAAUUGUACGUGGACAGGGUCAGUAUAUGUACGAUGAGUUGGGCAAUCGUUACUUGGACUGCAUCAAUAAUGUGGCGCAUGUGGGCCAUUGCCAUCCGAAAGUUGUGCGCGCCGGUAGUCUUCAAAUGGCUACAAUUUCCACCAACAAUCGUUUUCUACACGAUGAACUGGUACAGUGCGCCAAAACCUUGACCAGUAAAAUGCCCGGCGACUUAUCGGUCUGCUUUUUUGUCAACUCUGGUUCGGAGGCAAACGACUUGGCUUUGCGACUGGCACGCAACUAUACCAAGCAGCAGGAUGUAAUCACACUCGAUCACGCUUACCACGGCCAUGUGACUGCCGUCAUGGAGGUCUCACCAUACAAAUUCAAUCAACCUGGUGGUGAACCGAAACCCGACUAUAUUCAUGUUGCGCCCUGCCCGGAUGUCUAUCGCGGCAAGUUCACCGACAAAGAUCAUCCCGGCGCCGAUAUGGCCAAACUCUAUUGCGCACCCAUUGAGGAUAUCUGCAAACAAUUAAAGGCGCAGGGUAAAGGCGUGGCUGCGUUCAUUGCUGAGAGUUUACAGAGCUGCGGUGGUCAAAUCAUACCACCAACUGGUUACUUUCGUGCGGUCUUCGAUACCAUACAUGCCGCUGGUGGGCUCGCCAUUGCCGAUGAAGUGCAAGUCGGUUUCGGCCGUGUGGGCACACAUUACUGGGCCUUCGAGACACAAGGUGUAGUACCUGACAUAGUGACAGUUGCCAAGCCAAUGGGCAAUGGGCAUCCUGUGGGUGCUGUUGUUACCACACCGGAGAUUGCGCAUGCCUUCUACGCUACUGGUGUCGCCUACUUCAACACCUAUGGCGGCAAUCCGGUAUCUUGCGCUAUUGCCAAUGCUGUGAUGCAGGUCAUCGAGGAGGAAGGUCUGCAGGAGAAUGCACGCAUUGUCGGUGACUAUUUGAAGAAGAAAUGUCGUGAGUUAAGUUUGGAAUUCGAUAUUAUUGGUGAUGUGCGUGGCGUAGGACUUUUCGUUGGCAUAGAAUUGGUGAAAAAUCGUGAGACACGUGAGCCUGACACCAAAUCCGCUCACUGGGUGGUGAAUCGCAUAAAAGCAUUACACAAAGUGCUCGUAUCCUCAGACGGCCCCAACGACAAUGUCAUCAAGCUAAAGCCACCUAUGUGUUUUGAUCAGAAGAAUGCCGAUGAGUUUUUGCAAGCAUUCCGCGAGUGCUUGUCCAUGCUGACGAAGGAGGGUAGUGAUGCGCUGUAUACAGUAGGCGCCACCGAAGCUAUGAAAGACACGAAUACGAUGUUCGAGAAUCGGCAAAGGCUUAUUAAAUCUUCAUGAGAAGUUAUCGUUGUUGUAGUUUUAGUCAGCUAGGAAAUUUCGUUAGGUGUAGUGAUUUUUAGAAAUAUUCAGUAUGUAUGUAUAAGUACACAUAUAUAUGUUUGCCAUAGUACGCAUAAGUAUGUAUAUGCAUAGUAAAAUUAAUUAAUAGUUAAAUCAUUGAGUAGCCAUGUUAAUAUUGGCCUCAUAAUGUGCGGGUAUACAGAGAUUCAGAAAACAAGAAACCAAACAUAAAAUUAUAUAUGUGUGCAUGUGUGUAAACCUCUGACCAAUCGCAUUUUGCAGAGGAUCUUUAUUUAAAAUUUUUACAAAAUUAAUUGUAA